AGUAAACUCAAAGAAAAUUUUAAUUUUGUUAUUUAAAUCAUAAAUUAAAUAUGUAACUAUCUUGUAUUUCAUAUUCUCAUCUUAAUAUUGACUAUCAUUAAUUAUUUUAAUGCACCAAUGAUCCAAACUAGAACGUAUUACUAAAAUAAUAAUUUAUUUUGAUUGAGAAAUGUUACACAGCUCACCAUACGAUAUAGAGUAUUUCUAUAGUUAUUAUUUGAAGUUCGUGGCAGAAGCGCUAUUGUAUUUCAGAAACUUUGCAUUAUAUAUAAGUUUAUGGAUAGUGGGUUAUUUAUUUGUGUGUUGUGUAGUAUAUCGUCGAUAUGCCAGACGUUUACCGACACGUACACGGGGCUCAUUGAGAGCAAAGAGGGUUCUAAUAGUAGUUGCACAUCCAGAUGACGAAUGCAUGUUCUUUGGCCCCACAAUUUUCAGGUUAUGUGAACAGGGUGCUGAUGUUUACUUACUAUGUUUAUCUAAUGGUAAUUAUGAGGGUAAGGGCAAUAUAAGAAGAUUAGAAUUAUGGAGUGCAUGUGAAGAGCUUGGACUGCCAGAUAGAAAUAUUUGUCUAAUUAAUGACACUAGACUACAGGAUAACCCGAAAGUCCAAUGGCCUGUACCUGUUAUAGCUAAAUUGAUUCAGCAUGAGUUGGAGAAACUUGAUGUAGAUACUCUAGUCACAUUUGAUAGAGGUGGGGUGUCAUCUCAUGCAAACCAUUCAGCUGUUUUCUAUGCUAUCGCAUAUAUGUUUGUUGAAAAACUUAUGCCCAAAAAAUGUACAGUCUACACAUUAGACUCUGUGAAUAUACUAAGAAAGUACCUGGGAUUCUUUGAUUUACCACUUAGCUUUGUAUUGUCUUCCAAAAGAUACUUCCUUCGAUGGACAGAGAGCCGCCGCGUGAUACGCGCCAUGAAACGGCACAAGUCUCAGAUGGUGUGGUUCAGAUAUCUAUAUGUUGCUUUCUCUCGUUACAUGAUAAUUAAUACAUUAAGAAGAAUCAGCCUUGCCGACAUUGAGCUUGAACUGGAAGUUGAUGAUUAAACACAAACUCUGUAAACUCACAGACACAGCUGCUGUUUUAGCUUUUUAUUUGAAAUAGAUAGAUGAAUGAAUAAUAGAUGGCAAUUAUUAUGAAGAAAUAACAUUCAUUACAUAAAGUAGUUUAACAGUAUGGAGAGGGCCAAACUGUAAUAUUCUACAAAUACUAAUUAGUUCAAUAUUAUUUUGUACAAAAUACAACUUCACAAUUAAUUAUGAUUUAUAUUUUGACAUUAUUUUAAUAGUUUUAAGUAAGUUCUUAUGUGCCAUGUGACAAAUUAAAUGUAACAGAUUUCAAACGAGUGCUAUCCUAGUGGAUCGUAAUCUUAAUAAUUAAAUUUGGCACAAGCUAAGGUAUUUUCAUUCUUCUAUAAUUAUAAUAAGUGUUUCUCAAAUAUGUAUUCCAAUGGGAUCAUUCUGCAUGUGGGAAGAGGUAAUUACACAAAUGAAUAUAACAAUUAUAUAAAUUUCUGUUAUUUUAAAUGUGCAAUAAAGGCAUUAUUACAAAAAUAUAUCAUAGGAUAACUUUAGCGGAAUAGCGAUUGUUAAAUGUAAUACUUAUUUACUGUUUUUGUUAUAACAUUACUUCAUAGAACAAAUAUGUAAACAAUACGGCCCUGUACUAUACUUUAAUUUGAAUUACCAUCUCACAAAAUCAUUCCUUAUUGUUAAUUCAUUGCUCCAUAGUCUAUUCGUUAUUUUCUAGAGGUAUAAUACAACCAUCAGAGUUAGGAAUAGUGAUAGUCAUGCCUGUGGAUUAUUUAUUGCACAAAUAAUAUCGAUUUGUGAAAAUUCGAUUUUAUUACAUUAUAGAUUUGUAAAGAGUAUAAAAUGUUAAUAGAUUAGAUAUAUGUAUGACUGUGUACUGUAUUAUUACAGUAUUACUAAUCUAAAGUGGGCAUGUGUAUGUCGUGGCCAUAUCUUUAUUAUUAUUAUGUCUACAUUUGUCUGCUGUUAUGCAUUAAAUGAUCAGUUUCAAUCAGGAUGAUUGACUUCAUCAAAUGCACAUAUUUUACGAUAUGCUCGACUAUUUUGUGAUUUGCGUUAUGGUCAUGACAUACAAAUCUACGUAAAUAGGCAUCAUAUUGUCAAAUGUUCAAAUUUGAGUACCCAAUAGUGAGAAUAUUUGUACAAUUUAUGUAGAUAUAUUGUGAACAGAUAUUGUUGAUUUAAUUAAUAUAAUAAAUUUUGAUCGUUAUUUGAACAGUCAGUCAAGUAGAAUAGGUAAACGUUAACGUGUGUAUUAUGCAAUUUUGCACAUAAAAUUAUUUAUAAGAAAGUAAUUAGAGUGAGAGUAAGAAAUCGACCGCGUCUGUAGCUGUCUGUUUAUAUUUGCAGCUGUUUUGAAAACUGAAUUAUAUUAAAGCACUGAAAUUUUUGUCUGAAACAGAACCGAUAACACUAAAAUUUUUUACUGAAACAGAGCCGAUAACACUAAAUGGUAUAUUAUAUUGGAAUAUAAUUUAAGAUUCCAUUCCCGGCUAGUCUUGGUCUAUGUCCAGUCAGAUAGGCCCAGUCAGGCUGGUUGCAACCUUGCUAACUUUUUUUAGUUAGCGUAUUUAUGUUCUAAGAUAGUGCUGAUUAUAUAAAUUUAAGUAAUUUCCGGUUUCGACGAAAGAAGUCUGGUUGUUUUUACUCAAAUUUACUAAAUCUGGCAACGGAGGUCCAUAAAUACGUUAAAAUAUUCUACUUACCCGUCGUUCUCGCUAAUAAUCACUGAUUGCAGUAGUAUUUAUUGUGAUGACUAUUUUCUUUUACGUUUUAAAUGUAAUUCAUAAUCUAUAAACCUUGUGACUGCUUAUGGGAACCAAAAAUGAUGAAUAUAAACCAUUCAUCAUUUUACAUACAAUACAAAAUAAUUAUGUAUUUCCUAUUUAAUGUGUUUGCACUACUACCUAUUAAGAAAGAUUAAAUUGUACUCGGUUCCAUAAAAGUAAUCUAAAUGUGCUAAGUGCCAUCGCAAAUGAAAUGAUUUUGCAUUUUAAAUGGGAUAUAAAUUCGUAACUGUUUUUUUUUUAAUAAGAUCAAGAUUAGAUUUGUUUGUGUCCGGUGGAAAGGAUGAAAGAAGUAAUUUCUUGUUUGACCUUUGUAAUGUUAUAAAUUUGUUGUCCAUCGCUCCACCACUAUACGUUAAAAUGUAUCACUAUAAGUUAUGUAAUAUGCAAAUAGCUAAUAAGAUUCCAUAGUUUUAGAAGCUAGUCGUUUUUAUUAAUAUAAUAAUAAUUAUUAGUAAUAAUAUAUAAUAAAAAGACGGCGCAAUAUAUUGUAAUUUCCUAUUCAAUCCUAUUCUGUGAUAUAUUGUUACGCUUCCACGCCCCAUCAUAAUGUUGAUGUACGAGUAGCUUAUAAAUUGGCCCUAACUUUGUUCCAAUAUAUUUUAGAUUUUAUUUUUUUUUUACAGCUGACAUAAUAGGUAUUCAUUUUAAAAAUGAAAAAUGCCAUUUUUAAUCAAAUAAACGACCAACUUAAUUUACGUUCUUUUUUCUAUUCUACUUAUGUAUGUAAUAAAAAAAGUUACAUUCUAUGCAGACGAUGUCGCGGGUAACAGUUAAUUAUAAAUACAAACGAAACAAACUGAAACAGAUU